CGGAAAUAUUAUCACGACUUCGUGCUAGUCAAAGGAUGACGCUUGAUAGGUCUCGUUCGUACUAUCGCACUAGUAUCUUGCCGAUUCCGGCUUUUUACUUAGUUCUGACAGCGGACAGUAGUCAGGCUCGAAACGGAAGCCAGUACGUGCAGAAGACCCAUCCAAUAUGAACAUCGAGAUAGAAUUUUUGGCCGGGACCACGACGCAAACCAAUUACUAGCUGACGAUCAGAAAACCUUCGUCCGUAACCAAUUAAUUUGGAAGGAGAAGAAGAGCGGUCAACUGGAUCAACUGUUCCAAGUCAACUCGACCUCCCAAUUCCAAUCUGUUCCAAGUCAGCCCAAGCACCGAUUUCACCUCAAAUCUACACCCAUCUUGAGGGAUUGUAUUUUCGCAUUUGAUUAUCAAAGUCUGAAUUCUAAACAGUAACAACCUUGAAACAAUGGAGCCCCUCUAUGAGAAAGUCCGGCCAUCUUCUGAAGGUUCAAGAUCUCUCGAAUCUUCAGAAGAGCUUGGCUUCAUCUCAGAACAACUGAGUCUCAAAAGAAGGAAUGGCAUCAUCCAACGAUUGAGAGCUGUGAGCUUCCGCGCUGUAGCAGAGUCGCUAAUGGGAGGGUUGAUACUAGUCCUUGUCGCUGUCCUCGCCUCCCACGACACUGGCUCAUGGAGAAAAUCAAGUGGAAGCAAAGUCAAAACAUUUGGGCCUGCAUUGCCAGAACGUGUUGUCAAGUUCGGAAAUGUUGCAGGUUUUGGUCCCGACUUGGUUUACGUCGAUCACGAGAUGCUGUGGAAUGCCACACACAAACGAGAACUGCACGAGAAUUGGCAAGCCCUUUACCCAAAGAGCAGAGGCUAUAUCACUGCUAUACCUCAGCCAGGAGAUGAGUUUGAAUAUGGAAACCCACCUUACCAUCUUGAUGGCUUCAUGGCACCAGACGAUCAUUAUGAGGGCUACAUCCUGAGUGUCUUCCAUCAACUGCACUGCUUGUCUAUUCUUACAGCUCGUCUCGGAACAUCGUACGAAGAAUUCGGACAAUUCACUCGACCUCAACUAGAACACACUUCACAUUGUAUCGAGUACCUCCGUCAGGCAAUUUUGUGCCACGCAGAUACUUCACUUGAAGGUGAAACGGGAGCUUGGCCAGCGUCGGCUGCUUGGGGUCAAAUGCACACGUGCAAAGAUUAUGAUGCGCUCAUUGAACUGGCUGACGACAGGGCAAUGUGGGAUUUAAGUAGCGCAAGACACCCUGAUUUGAGUAAGAUACAUCCAGACCCAGAGGAGACGAAGGGAAAGUACGGCGGCGACUGAAGAAGCAGCUACGAAGUAAAUGAACGAUUCAUUGAAUGGGGGACCUGGGAAUGAACAUAAGAGAUAAGAUGAUGCUCGGACAGUCGCUCAGCUUUCAUAGCUGUUGAAAGCACGUGACCUCAUGUAGCAUUUCUUGAGACAUAUUUUGGACUGCAG